UUUGGACACCGUCCAAACGAGGGGAGUUAAUUAAAACAGGUUCUUGCAAUUGAGUCCAAGAUGCCCGUCUAUAAUUUGUACAUCUUCGACAGAUACGGAACCUGUUUAUACUAUUCAGAAUGGAAUCGCAGAAAGCACCCUGGCAUGAGCAAAGAAGAGGAAUACAAACUUAUGUUUGGCAUGAUGUUUUCCAUAAAAUCUUUCAUUCACAGGAUAUCACCAUCAGACAUGAAAGACGGCUUUCUUAAUUUUAAGACCAAUGUUUACAAACUUCAUUUCUAUGAGACACCUAGUGGCAUCAAAGUGAUUAUGUUGACUGAUUUGAAUGUUGGAAAUAUUCGGGACAUUCUGCAUCAAAUCUAUAGUUCACUCUAUGUUGAAUAUGUUGUUAAGAAUCCAUUGUGUUUACUUAACAAGCCAAUAACCAGUGAACUGUUCAAAACCAAAGUGGACGAAUUUGUGCAAGGACUAAGUAUAUAUGCUAAGGUUUAAAUAUAUAUUUAUAAAGUUUAAUGAAAUCUAUGCAAUGAUAUGUGUUGCCAAAUGUUGUAAAAAUUUAAGUAAUUGUAUAUUAUUAAAAAUAUUUCAUUAAAUAUAUACAAUAGUAUUUUGGUAUUCUGUAUAUAUGUUCUUUCUUUUCUUUUUGUGAGUACUAAGUAGAAUGUUUCUUUUGGAAAUUAAAAAAA